UGACAAGUCGUGGAGGAAACCUAGCAUUCCAUCCUGAGUUUGUAAAGAGUAGUGUCGAAGUUUCAGAGAAACCAUGAAGAAUUUGAAGGCUUUCAAUUUGCUAGGGCUUCUGUUUGCCCUUGUUCUCAUCUCUUCCGCUGUCACAGCUGAUGAGAAAUCCAAAGAGGAGAAUAAAGCUGUAGUGGAUGGGGCAACAAAGGAGACGAAUCCGGUGCCAGUUGAUGACGUAAAACAAGGUCCAGGGGGAGGAUAUUGCGGGCGCUGCUGCUGGAAACAUGGCUACCAUUAUUGUGGUAGUCAGUGUUGUUGGCCUGAGAAAGAAGAAACAGAAGCUGUAGGCGAGGCCGCCGCUGAUGCCAACCCUGAUGGAUAUGGCUGGGGAGGCGGACGAGGUGGCGGUGGCUGGGGAGGCGGAAGAGGAGGCGGUGGCUGGGGAGGGGGACGAGGAGGCGGAAGAGGUGGCGGUGGCGGACGAGGAGGAGGUGGUGGCUGGGGAGGAGGAGGCAGUGCAGCAGCUUAUGAAGCCAACCCUGAUGGAUAUGGCUGGGGAGGGGGACGAGGAGGCGGAAGAGGUGGCGGUGGCUGGGGAGGUGGAAGAGGUGGCGGUGGCGGACGAGGAGGAGGUGGUGGCUGGGGAGGAGGAGGCAGUGCAGCAGCUUAUGAAGCCAACCCUGAUGGAUAUGGCUGGGGAGGGGGACGAGGAGGCGGACGAGGUGGAGGUGGCUGGGGAGGCGGACGAGGUGGAGGUGGUUGGGGAGGGGGUAACUGA